AUGUCCUCAAGGAAAAGACCCUCAUCCUCCCUUUCUCCCCCUCCAUCGACAGCCAAAAAAUCCAAGAAAUCCACAUCGAGGAACAAAGCCAAACCUCAGACUAGACAUGAACCCACCGAUGAAUUCCAGCAAGUCUCUUUACCCUCUUUUGUAGAUAAUUGGAAAGUCGAAGGUAUGGGAUAUGGAGGUGAUGUCUAUUAUCAGCCGGAGUUCAUCAAUCUCGAAGACGCUCAGAAAUGGUAUGAUGAUUUGCUUGAAUUAGAUACUUACCAACCGACAUUGAAACUGUAUGGUCGCACAUUUCCCCAAUCCCGGCAAAUCGCAGCAUAUUCCACCACACCCAAUUCAACCCUCUCAUAUUCCGGAUCAUCAAUCACCAUGCAUCAUCCCUUCCCUCCCAUACUCGAGAAGAUACGGGACAGGCUGGAGAGGGAUUUAGGGGCGAGGUUCAAUCAUUGUAUGUUGAAUAGGUAUGAUGAUGGGAAUGUGUAUAUCGGCAAACAUUCUGAUAACCUGAAUAACCUUGUCAUUGCUUCUAUCUCCUUGGGGGCGGAAAGGAAAUUCAUCAUGACACCCAGACUGCCUAGUAAGAAUAGUAAAAGUAGUAUGACCAAAGAGGUAGAAGAGGGAUUGCAAAAUAGGAAGAAAAUAAGUUGGAUUCUGGGUAAUGGUAGUCUGGUCAUAAUGCAAGGAACAACCCAGGAAUUCUGGAAGCAUGAGAUACCUAAAGAACCAUCGGUCAGGAGAGGUAGGAUAAGUCUAACUUUCAGACAACUCGUCUAG